CCAGCUGAUACUGCAUGACCACCUCAGGCUGGACCAGGGGUGUUGUGGCUGGCUGCAGCUUUCCAGAUUCUGGCAUAGCUGCCACGCUGAGGCAUUGGGAGGCUGAUGUCACUCCCACUAUGAGCUUUCUCAUUCACCCUUGGUUCCCACCACCCUGCAGCUUAUGGAGUAACCUGCCAUCAAGUGAGUGGGGACCUGGACACACAUGGCUUUGAUGCUGGAAAGGGGUAAGGCUGCUGAAAAUAUGCAGGAGUUUGUGUGGUUUUGAAUCUGCCAGGAAAGGUAUAAUGAAACCCAGCAAGCACCAGCUGAGCCUUAAUAAGAGCAGGUGGAAACCGAUGAAGAAAUGUUUGAAUGCAAUUAGUGCAAUUAUCCAUUGAGAAGCAAUGUAAUUUUAAGUCUUUGCAACAAACAGGGCUUCUUUCCACAAGAUGCCCUGCACCAGCCAGGAGCCUUGGGUGUCACUGUGGCUUGGGUGUCUUUGGCUUGUGCUAGGGUGGAGAAGAGCACAACACAGCUCCAGACCUGAGGCCAGCAAGGUGUGAAGGUGCAGUGCUUAGCCAAGAAUCUGGGUGUCAGUGUACCUGUCCUGCCACACGUCAUCCCUGCUCCAAGCUUAAAUAAAUGGCUUCAGAGCAGCACCUUUAGCUAUGUAAACUAAUUCCUGAGGGAGGAAACAGCAGGAUAUUUUUAAUAAGAAGAGCUUCAAAUAGGAAAUCUCCUUUCUGUUGUGUUAGUGGGGGUGGUGCUGGUGAAGCUGGUGGGUUAUCCUGGUGGAUAUACUGGGCUGCAGAGGCCAUCGGCUACAAAACAGACUAGCCUGGAGAUCUUCAGGUUUCCCUGGACGUGACGAGUCAAGUGGUGUCAGCAGAUAACGCCUAGUGAGUACGUGCCUCCAUCCCAUCUGAGGGGUUUCAGCAACAACAUCCCGCACAGGGGGCACAGCUCCACUGCCUCUCCACAGCCAUCCGUUAUCUCCCCACCCAGACCUGAGCCCUGUGUCUCGCAUGAAACCAAGCCCUGUGCCUGGGCUGUGGAUAAAGAGCUAGCCAGGUGAUGGACCCCUGUCUGCUGGCCUCACUCGUCUCUCCGGCAGCUGGACUCAUUUGCAAGUGCUCAGCCAAGACAAUGUACCAGCAUUUCCUUUUCUUUUUCUUUCUUUCCUUCCAUCUCCAUAAAUGCCAAGAUCAAACCCUGGAUGAAGAUCCAUAUGAAAUGCCCAAAGACUACCAGGAGAUCUACAGAGGGACAAAAAAUGAUGUCAAAGAGAUCCCAAAGAUUGCAAAGCCCUUCAUUUCUGAGAUGAUCUUUGUGCAAACCAGCAUCACUGCUAUAAGGAAAGGUGCCUUCAGGUACAUGCCCAACCUGGUCAAGAUUUUGUUUAUUGGCAACAAGAUCAAGACAAUUGAACCUGGAGCCUUUGAUAAUUUGGACAACCUGAGGGACUUGGACAUCUCUGGUGCCUUGUUAGAAGAACUAGCUGUGGGAACUUUCCAAAACCUCCCAAGCUUGCAGAGGCUGGAGCUGAGAGACAGCCACCUCAGAUACAUCCCCAAAGGACUGUUUGAUGGGCUGGGAAGUUUGGGGGAGCUCUCCCUGCACAUCAAUGCCAUCCCUUCUCUUCCAGAAGGCAUUUUUGAUUCUCUUGUCAAUCUAACGUUUUUGGACCUGGCCAGAAACAGGAUCACGACUCUUCAUGGGGAUGCCUUCAGCCAACUUGCACAGCUGCAAGUCCUCCGGCUCUAUGAGAAUGAGUUGCAGGACCUCCCGGAGGGGCUGCUGGACAGACAGACAGGGCUGCUGGAGCUCAACCUGCAGAGCAACAGGCUCAGGGUGCUGCCACCCAUGCUUCUGAGGAAUCUGCCUCACCUGGAGAAACUCCUCUUGGACAACAACCUCAUCCAGGUUCUCCCACCUCAGGGCUUCUUUGGCUUAAACAAAUUGAAGCUUCUCACCCUGGGUUCAAACUGCAUUACAGAGCUCCCCUGCUGCCUUUUUGACGCCAUAGCAAACCUGAGGGAGCUGGACCUGGGCAGGAACAGUUUGGCCACGCUUACAGACAGCAUCUUCGUCAACCUCACAUCUCUUGGCAAACUCAUCUUGUCCCACAACCAGCUAGCAGCCCUGCCAGGAGGAGCUUUCACUGGGCUCAGCAAGCUCUCAGAUCUCCAGCUGGACACAAAUCAUCUCUCUGCUCUGGAUGAUGAGGUCUUUGCUUCUCUCCCAAAUCUGAAAACCCUCAACCUUCGGAAGAACCAGCUGGAGAGUGUUCCUCCAGGGCUUCUGGACCCCUUGAAGAAGCUCAGCUCAGUGUACCUAAGUGGGAACCCAUGGAGAUGUGAUUGCAACCUCUGCUACCUGCGUAGCUGGAUCCUAAACAACAGUGAGAAGGUCAAAUUGUCCACCCAAGUGUCAUGCAAGAGUCCACCCCACCUGGCAGGGCAAGCAGUGGCAUCGCUGAGGGAUGACCACUUAAUUUGCCCAGCUACUCAGUCUAUUUCAUCUUUUUUUACUGCAUCUUUGCCAUCCACCUCCACAUCAUUGCAAGAGAUUUCAACCUUCCUGCCCACUGCAGCAACAACCACCCUUUCCUUGGCAGCCUCUCCUGUCAUGACACUGCCAACUAUGCUGUCACCUGUCGCCACCUCUGCCAUGUUACCAUCCAUGCCAAUGGAUGGAUAUCAACACUUCACCACUCCAUCUCCAGCUACGCCAUCCAAGGCCUUCAUCACCACAUCAUCACCAGCUGUGCUGCCCAAGGUCUUCUUCACCACACCAUCAUUAACAAAUGUGCCCAAGACCUCCAUCACCACACCAUCGAUGGUGCUGCCUGAGACCUCCAUCACCACACCAUCACCAGCUGUGCUGCCAAAGGUCUCCAUUGCUACCCUGUCAUCAACCAUGCUGCACAAGACUUCUAUCACCAUGCCAUCACCAUCUGUGCCAGAGGAGGCCUUCAGCCUGCGUCCAACUCCAGCCAUCAUAAGGCUACAGCCUCCUGGGACCACCAGCUCAGAGCCUGCAUUGUCCACUCUAGCUUAUGCUACCACACCAGCACCAACCAGCCCACUGGCAGCCACCACCAGACACAUGCCUCCUGUUCUGGUGUCCACAGAGAGGCCAGCCACCAUCCCAUGGAUGACAUCCAACAUCUCCCUCAUCUCAAUGCUCCCUAUGGCGCUCUCGCCAUCGCCCAGGGCUGCUGCACCAGGCACGGUCCUGCCAGCAUCAUACACCCUGACCCACCAUGUUCCUGUAAGAGGCAGGAAGAGGGACCAUGCCACUGUGAAGGGCUUGUCCACUGCUGGCACCCAGCCCACUCCCACUGCCCCUCAAAACGCUCUCACCACUGCAGGCACCAUCCCAUGCCCAGUGCCUUCCGUCCCCCCGGUACCAGACCACACGAGCCCCUGGCCACCCUCCCGGGUCCCCAGCAGCCAUCACGCCUGGGGCUUGUCCAUGCUGUCCAGCCCACAGCAGUGCCGGGUGUCCCUGGUGCUGGGCCUGGCAGCACUGGUGCUGCAGGCAGGCUGCACACUGCUCUGGGGGAUACUCGCCUUUCUCCUCCAACAGGCCACCAGCCGCCGGGGCCGCUCAGCGCCACCGGUGAGGCUGCUGAGGCUCCAAGCCCUGGCCGCCCCAGGAUCCCUCGAGCAAGCCUGGGCACCGCUUUGAGCUUCGCUGCCCUGCAUGACCUGGGCAAUGCCCGUCGUCCUCCUUUCCCGUCUGGAGCCACUGGGUGCCUAUGUCAUAGGAUGAGG